GCGGAGUUCUGGAAGUCAGCUCUGUGGACAAGCCCGAGAGCUGAACUCCGGCACCCGAAGCCGUGGGCGAGAUUGGUUGGUUUCCUCCGCGGUCGGCGGCUUAACUAAGCCUAUCACCCGCCAACGUGCAGCCCAGAAUGAGGAGCAGCGAGCCGAUCCACUCGUACUCGAAUUUUUGGUGCGGCGAGCGAGCUUGCACCACCUGAUCAUAGGGCGGAUUGUCGCAUAAAUGCCGGCUUGAGGCGCCAGCCCGGGAAAGAUUUAUAUACAACUCGCCUUCCUUCCCUAAGACCUCUCUCUUCCACCCCUUCCAACCCAAGUUGUCCGGAGCAUCCGCCGUGCAAAUUUCUUUCUUGCGCGCUUUCUUCCAUUCCCAGCAUAGCCACUCGCCAAUCGCCGAAUAACAUCAUGUCUCCCCACGCCGCGCAAGAUGCUGCCGCCCAGGGCGCCGUCGAUAUAACCAAGGAAAUGCCAGAGCCCUUGACUGUGGCCAAUGUGCCGGCGCGAAGAGCGAAGACGACUAUGCCCACUGGUGUUGCUGCGUCUUGCCAUAGCGACAUGUUCAAGAGUCUGGCUUGUGCUACUAAACCCAAGGCUAAACGGUGGGAUAAGUAUCUCUCUAUUGAAAGCAAGUCACGGAAGGCGUCCACCCUAAAGCAAGCUGCGGAAUACCUGAAAAAUCCUGGUUUGAUCUCCCUUGGAGGAGGCCUUCCGUCCCCUGAAUAUUUCCCCAUCGACGAAAUCUCCAUCAAGGUUCCAGUUGCGCCCAACUUUUCGGAGGAAGCUACACAUGAAUCAGGCCAAGUGGUUACUGCAGGAAAAUAUGACAUUCGGGAGGGGAGGAGUGAAUAUGACUUGGAGAUCGCUUUGAACUACGGUCAAUCAGUAGGAGCCGCCCAACUGUUGCGCUUUGUGACGGAGCAUACCGAGAUAGUGCAUAACCCUCCGUAUUCAGAUUGGCAUUGCUCACUCACCGCUGCUAGCACGGCUUCGUGGGACAUGGUGCUACGUCUGUUCUGCAACCGUGGAGAUUAUAUCCUAACGGAAGAGUUCACGUUCUCCAGCGCCAUGGAAACAGCAUUGCCACAGGGCAUUCGCCUCGCUCCAGUUAAGAUGGAUGAGCAGGGACUUUUGCCUUCGUCCCUUGACGAAGUGUUGACCAACUGGGAUGCUUCGGCGCGAGGAGCUCGGAAACCAUUCGUGCUCUAUACUGUUCCAUCCGGACAAAACCCCACUGGCGCUACUCAAGACGUUGAGCGAAGAAAGGAGGUGUACAAGGUCGCGCAGAAACACGACAUUAUCAUCGUCGAGGACGAGCCUUACUACUUCCUCCAAAUGCAGCCCUACAAAGGAGCCAAUGCGCCACAAGACCCUCCGCCAGCCAACUAUAACGAAUUUUUGAAGGCUCUCAUUCCCUCUUUCCUCAGCAUGGAUGUGGAUGGACGUGUUGUCCGCCUCGAGUCCUUCUCAAAAGUGCUUUCGCCCGGUUCUCGCGUUGGCUGGCUCGUUGCAUCCGAGCAGAUUGUGGAACGAUUCCUACGAAAUGCAGAGACCUGCACGCAGAACCCAAGCGGGAUGUCUCAAAUCAUCCUUUUCAAGCUGCUUGACGAGGCUUGGGGACAUGAGAAAUAUUUGCAAUGGCUAGUUCAUAUCCGCAUGGCAUACACUAAUAGGAGAAAUGUCAUGCUAGAGGCUUGCGAAAAAUAUCUACCAACAAGCGUUGCAAGCUGGCACCCUCCAGCGGCAGGCAUGUUUCAUUGGAUCAAAGUCGACUGGAAGAAGCAUCCACUCGCUCUCGCAGGAGACUCCUAUGAUUCUAUUGAAGAAGCGAUCUUCAAAGCGGCGGUGGGCGAGGGCGUUUUAGUCUCACGUGGCAGUUGGUUCUUUGCAGAUAAGUCUACUGAGCCCACAGAUAUGUUUUUCAGAGCCACAUUCGCGGCUGCACCCGCGGAUAAGAUCCAGCAGGCUAUUAAACGUUUUGGAGAUACCCUGAGGGCUCAAUUCCAACUUCAAUGAUCAAUAUAUCCUCUACCAUAUAUGUGGUGAGGCGCCUUUUUAAAGUCCUACAAGUCCAUGUCGGUCCGUCUGUAUAUACCUUCUGGUUUGAGUAAAUUGCACCUAAAGAGUUGGAUAGACAUGCCUAUGUUA